AUGAGAAUUCUAGCGGGAAAGUUUGCACAGUGGCCUAAAAAGCAAAACCAGUUCACGGGAGUGCAUCGUCUGGGGCUGAAAUGGAAGGAUCAGAGCACCGACCUCCUGGAUCCUCUUCUUCUCCCACAUCCACAUCAUGGCGGACUGGGUUCCCCACAUCCAUUCGGGAUCGGGCGGCAAACAACGUGGCUUCCAGAAGGCCUAUCGAAGGAUCGCGCGGUGACGAUAAUUGAGGAGGAGGAGAAGAAGAAGAAGAAGAAGAAGAAGAAGAAGAAGAAGAAGAAGAAGAAGAAGAAGAAGAGAAGGAGUAGCAUGACUGUGACUGUUCACACCGUCACGGGACCAUCCCUGAUCAUGGAUAUGACCACACUAAGCGGUCGUCUUCCAUCAUAUCACCACCUCGCUUUCGUCCUCGUGGUCUCUGCACCUCUCCAGAAACAGUCUCUCCCUCUCCCCCUCGGACUGGACGCGUCUGCCAUAAACCAGCCAGUCCAUCCUGUUGUACCAAAUCCAGCCUUGGCAUCCGUCCUCUUCCGCGGCCGGGUCGGCGAACAACUCGUGGUCCAAACUAUGGGAAACGGCGUUCCCGGCCCAUUCGCUACUUGA